AAGAGGAAACCCUGAACUGCUCAGGCUCAACCAGCCCCAGCCCUUUUUCUUUCUUUCCCUCUCUUUUCACCCGCACCCAUCGGACGUGUGCACGCUCGGGAGGAGAAUGGCAGCAUCAUGUGCAAAGAGAAACGAGGAGCCCCGCAAGAUGUUGGCGUUGGCGUUGCUGUUCGCCGCCUCACUCCUCAACGGAGGAGUCAUGGCACAGGAUGAGGAAAUCGUUGCGGUAACAGCCCCAUCACUGGACGCACCAGUACGAGGAGAUAUGCUUCCACAGACAACUCCAGAACCAGAAGAUCCACAGGUCAUGGUUUUCCCUACCCCGGGACCUCUCCAGCCGACUGAAAAGACCACAGCCGCUACAGAUGAGGCAGGAAACGCUGUGAACAGCAGCCCGGCGGCUCCAGGGGAGGAGGCUGGUGAGGGAACUCAGACCACUGCUGAGGCACAUACCGACAAACCUCAAGCCGAGGUCGCAGAUACCCCAGCACCUAUGCCAUCUAGAGGUGAUGGUCCCGGAAACGUUCCAGGGCCGGCGCCAAAUGAUGAUGUUGUGUGUGUCACCAAAGAGGCGGUGCAGAACAAAAACGCUGUCAGUCUGAAACUCAAGGCCUCCUCCAACUGUAAAGACACCAAACAGAAGAUUGAAAGUGUUGUGCAGGAGCUGUGUGGGGAGGACUGUAAGCUGGAGCUCUACCAGGAGGACAACUCCGAUGAAAUCCUUGUGGCUGGAAAAUAUGUGGAAGACGACAUCGCAGGCAUGGCCAACAAGUUUAACAAUGACAACAUCAAAGACAAGGUUGACGUGGAGGAAGCUCAUCCUCACUGGGGGAAGAACUCUAAGCUGGUCCUGGUUUCCCUGCUGCUGACCGGCCUGCUGCUGGCUGCUGCGCUGAUGGCUGGUUAUUACUUCAAGACCCACCGCAAGAGCUCCAAAGGAGUCCGACUGGCCGAGUCUUUCCAGGUGGAUGAGGAGAACCAGGCCAACACCCUGGUGUCCGUGGCCCCGCUGCCCCAGGAGCCCCUCGACAAGCCCACUCCCAACGGAGAGGCUGCACCUGAAAACGGGACCAGUCAGACCCCCACCACCAACGGACACUCCCAGACCCCGGUGGCCGACACGGAGAUGUGAAUCACGACACCCACAAGCCCUCCCUCACCGUCCUGUCCUACCAGUCACACACUGGGACCCACCACCCACAAACCCCUGUGCUGCCUCAGAGACUGUCCACACACUGAGACAAAUCCAACAUGAACCCACCCCGCUAGAUCCAGACACCCCCGCCCCCCACCCGCCCUCAACCUGUACCCCCCAGACGACGCUGAAAAGAACGACGAUAAAUGACAAUGCCUGUAAUGUGAAAACCACUGGCCCCUGCUGGUGUCAAGAGGAACCAACAGAUGCUGUUUGGCACUGGGACUGAUCCACAGGGCGCUGACUGGAACCUGUCGGCUGCCCUGACGUCAGUCUGGAAGUAAACAUUGUAGAAUCAGUGAAGUCAUGUCCCAUACAUGAUGCUGAACCCUGAUGAAGAAGCAGAACACGCUCAACUAGUUCAAUCCACAACUGUGUGGCUAUGAAACCAAUGAAGGCCAGGCAUAGGACAGAAGACCAGUGUCUGUACUGUUGUAAAGAAAAAGGACUGACGCUCACUGCUUGAUUGUUUUUUUUCUGUCUGUGUAAUUCAGGAAAUGAAGCCUCACUUUUUGCCUUAACUUUGCUGGGCCGAGAAUAUGUCAAACCAAUAAGAGACCGCAGAGUUUGAAUUGAUUGAAAGUUGUUGAUAUUCGCUCACAGAUAGUCAAACUUAGAGCAACAUGUACCAUUACUAAGAUUCUUCAUGGAAACCAAAGACCAGCUGACACAGUAUUAGCAAUGUAGGAAGUAGUUGAGAUAGCAAACAGACAGCAUCAUCUUUGGUUUUACAGGGGAAUUUAAUAAUGCUACCAAAGCUUCUCGUGAUGUGGAAAUGCGUCAGUGCUUCACUGACUAAAUAAAAAGAAAACUAAACAUUGGUAUUAAUACUUCAAAGUUUAAUUGGGAUCAUUUGCAAAGUACAUUUCUAUUUUUGUGUGGUUGCAUAGUGCUUUUUCACGAUGCCAUUAGUGUACAGUUCUGUUUUUGUUUUUUAAACAAUGUUAAAUUCUUCCUUCUUGUACCACUGCCUUUGUGAAUGGUGAAACCCUGCCAGCAUUUUUUUUUUUAUUAUUCUGAGACAAGGUCUUUUCAAGGUGCUAGACUGGUAAACAAAGUCACUACCAGGGAAUUCCUACACAACAUGCAGCAGGUUCAUCAUUCCAAAGACUGUCUCUUAUCUCCUUGUUGAUAUAAAAUGAAAACACAUCAGUGGUACACAUUUUUACACCUUUUUUUUUAGCUUCUCUUUAGAACUGGUUGCUUUCAUAAUGUACUGCAUGUGUAAAUAAGCCUGUUUUGUAGCCUGUAACUCCGCCUGAUUCAUAAACUGUGAUU